AUGACGAGAUUAACAACAAUAAGCUGUGGCCUGAGCUUCCUAUUACUUGUAUACGCCCGAGUGAUCUCUGAUCCUUGCGCUACAACCACUACUCUACCUGUCAUCACCGUCACAAAAGGCCCCAAUGGCUAUUACAACCAGUAUACUCGCAUAUAUCAAGAGUUCUACCCCCAAGGCCUGACAACAAAGGUUUACACCAUUACACAAUCAUGCUCAGGUGUAAAUUGUCAGCCCUUGCCCAUUGAGACCGCUCCUCCACCUGGCUUCACAUCUGCGGUGGUCAAGUGUGACAAGUGCGGAGAUUCAGGGACCAAAGUUGCUACUUUGACAUUUCCAACUGAGUCUGUUGGAGCAUACUCCUCUUCCGGUUAUGUUGUUGUACCUCUUGCACAACCAACGCAGAUUCCACUUGGCCAGAGCCAGCAAUCCGACACCAGUUCAACUUCUGAGACUGAUUCUUCUGGCUCUGAUGCUGGUCAUGCACUGAAUAACCAUGGUGCUUCUCUUUCUACAAAUAAUUCUCCAGGCUCUGGAGAUUCGGCUGCACAAGACUCCGGCAGUGGAAGUCAAGAGAGCCAAGAUAUUUCCAACAUUGGAUCCAUGCAGCCCCAAUCAAACAACGGAGAUUCUGCAAAUGAUGGAGAAUCUUCCGAUGAGACAGAUACCGUUGUUCCUGGAACCCGGCUAUUAUCUGAGACACCUACCGCUGGUUAUCACUUUUCUCCCUCCAACUCCUCCCCUGCUGGCUCCGGUGGUCAGCCUUCGUCUUCAGCAGACGACACAGGCUCAUCUGAUACGGCCGCCGCUGGAGAUGAUACCUCAUAUCCCAUUCCGAACCAGAAAGCCGGCAACCCAUAUGCAGGCGACACUUCUGGUGCCUCGAGCAACGAAUCCGGCUCAUCUGGCAACAAUUCCCCCUCCUCUCAAAAUGAUACCCCCUCUACUGGAAAACCAGCCACGAAAGGCUCUGGCGAUGACAGCUGGAGUCCCGAUUCCCCGAUCACUGUUAAUAGUGCGGGCCAUAUCAAGACAAAUGUUCUUACAUGUGUAUUAGCGAAUAUUGCUGGCAUGUUCGUUUUGAGGUUGCUAGUGUAG